UAUAAUCUUUAAUUCAAUUUAUGAAACACUUCAUGAAUUCACAACUGUAUGAAAAUGCGUUUUCCAGUUCUCAUUCUUCUUUCCAUGAUUUUGUCAUCUGUUUCGACAAGUAAAUGGGAUGCUUCCACAGUGGCUAGUCACUUUUUGAGUGAAUUCGAGAAGGCUCUAAAUUCGAAGGACGCUUUCAAAAUUCUUGCUCACUUUUCUCCACAGAAGGGUAACAACGACAUCAGUACACGUAAAUUAAUCAAGGAACUUUCCAAUUGGCAUGGUUCUUUUAAUAAUGCACGAUUCACAAGAAAGACUGGUGGAGACGUUGAAGUUUCAGUGGUUUUCAGCAAUCCCCAAGUUCAACGCAGGCUCAAAAAAACAGAAUUUGUGCUUGAAUCAAAUGGUGUUAUGAGCUACAGUGGAUGGACUAUUAAAAGCAUGACAAACAUAAUUACCGUCCGCACACCAUAAUGUGUAAAAUUGUAAUUCAAUAAACUUUAAAAAUAA